UUGACUCAGAUGGAAUUCAUGUUUGAACGUAGUGGUAUAUUUCAAUUCGGCAUGUCUGUUUCGCAGUGCCUUUUAUUCUUAAACAUUUUUCUUCCUUUCAGCGUGGCUAGCGCAAACGACAACCCAAGGGUGGUGCUUGCUGAGAGAGAUGUCCCCAUCAAGAGGUACAGUCUGCAUGUGAAUAACAGCCGUAUAGAGCUUCUUGAGGGUUUUCAUGACAACAGAAUCUUUGUCGGGGGACACGGCAGAAUUUGGUACAUUGAUUUCGACGGAAACAAGACAAAGGAGGUGAAAUUUCCCGUGUUGGAAAGGAAAGGAAGUCGGAAGUCGAAAAGAAGUUAUUCAAAGCCAGCAGCCGCUUGCAACUAUGAAUAUGAUGUCACCACACUGCACAGCAUCGAUGCCACAUUGCUGCUUGUGUGUGCGUCCAAUGGACAAGACCCAAAGUGUUGCUGCAUGUCGACAAAGGAAUUGAAAUGCUCUGAGGACUGGAAAGCUAGUGGAAUUGCCCCGUUAAAUGUGACUGAACAAGCUCCCUCCCUGUAUCUCGAGGGUGAUGUGUACGCCGCGGUGAAUGUAGGCAAUUCCCUGGCAAUCCGCAGAAUUGGGCGUCGUAAUAGUAUCUGGCCAGAUAUUGACAAGAAGGAACAGAGGUACGUGAGCAUGGCAUUCAGUGGACCGAGAGAGGACCCACUGCAGGACAGAGUCUACACAUUCCUGCUGCAGAAGAGUUCAAAUGAGGACAUGGACGCUAGCCCCUGGACAUCGUGGGUCACCCAGGUCUGCAAGGCGGACCUGGGUGGAUCAAAGGCGUUUCUGCAGCAGGCCUGGACCUCCCGCUUGAGUGCCCGGCUGUCCUGCGGAAUCCGUGAUGGGAAGCUGUUCUUCAACCAGCUGCUGGAUGUGACCGUCCUGCGGGGAGCCAACUGGAAGGAGAGCCGGGUGUACGGACUGUUCAAGAACCGCUGGGGCAAGACAGCUGUGUGUGUAUACACAAUGGCUGACAUCGAUCAUGUCUUCAAGACCUCUGACUUCAAAGGGUUCACUGGAACUGUCCCAGAACCAAGGCCUGGGGAGCAGUGCGUCAGGGACAGUACGACAUUGCCAACCAAUGUCCUGAAGCACAUUAAGGAAAACCCGGACAUGAAGGACUGGGUUUGGCCUGUGCAGGGUAGCGGCCCGCUCAUGGUCAGCGACAACCACUAUCGACAUAUCCGAGUGGACAGAGUGGAAGGCGCUGGCCAUGGCCAGAGAAAGAGAAAUUACACUGUGCUCUUUCUGUCUCUGGACAGUGGCAGUGUACACAAGGUCUUGGAGCACGCUGGAGGGUCCUUCAUCAUUGCUGAGCUGCAGCUCUUCAGCAACAGAAGCAGCAUCCAGAAGCUUCUGUUGCCGCUCUCCUCGAGGAAGCUGUAUGUGAGCUCCAGCAGGGAGGUGGUGGAGGUGGAUCUGCAAGGCUGCCAGAGGUACGGGCCUCAGUGUGAGGACUGCGUCCUGGCCAGAGACCCCUACUGCAGCUGGGACGGCACUCACUGCACUGGAACUGGAACUGACAAAACAAGAAUUCAAAUUCAGGAUGUGGAGCAUGGAAAUCAUUUUCUGUGCAGGCGGGAGGGUGGUGAAAUGGCCGAAUCUUACCCCCUGCAAGUUUCUUCAGGUGCCUCUGCAAUGCCCGUACGAAGUGACGACGUCCCACUGCCGUCCUACUAUAUCCUGAAAUGCCCCAUGUCCUCUAGCCACGCCUAUUACUUCUGGCUCCACGAUGGAAUACACAGGGAGUGUCUGCUUUCAGAGGGGUCCUGUCUGCUGCCCGUCGUCUCCGGAAAGCCAGACCAGGAGGGCAGCUACGAGUGCAAGUCCACGGAGGGGGGCUACGUCAGGACGCUCGCCCGUUAUCAGCUGUCGAAGGAAAGCAGGGUCCCAGGCUUGACCCCGUCUCUCCCUGCCUUGGCCUGCCUCCUGCUGUCCCUGGCACUGAUCCUCUAGACGCAUGCGUUUUUCUCCGCUUUACCCACUGCAGCUCGUCCCAGGUCUCAGACCACACACCCCAGCCUGACCUCAGGGAAUAACCCGCACACCUACAGCUGGCAGUGUAAUCAGUAAGGCUCGCCAGUCCAGCACUUGGAGCCACGGCUUUUGCUGGUUGAGCUGUCCUCUAGGGUCCUCAUCGCACUUGUCCCUGUGUUUGAUUUAGACUUAAUUUUAUGUGGCACAGGAGCGUCUGCUAAAUGACUAUAAUGUAAUGUAAUGUAAUGUAAUGAUAGCAAACCUGGGUAAAUACGUUAUCGUUUCAGAUUCUAAAACUUUUCUGUGCUCAAAUGAUCUUGCCUGGGGCAAUUGAGCCAACCAAGAGGACCAGAAGGCAUGGUUUGCACUUUUUGAGAGCAUUUCACUUCCAAUACACCAGACAAGCUCAGUAAAGCAAAGAAAAGUAUUUGAAUGUGAAACAAUGACGUAUUUGGUGUGGGAUAUAGUCGUUUCUCAGAACCUUUAAGGCGAAAACUAAAACUAGCGGAUCCUAUAAUCUAAGAACAUUUCUACAUUUAAAUGCCUUGUUGUGUUGAGACUUAAUUAAAAUUAAGCGUUUAUAGUUUAUAAAAUUUUAUAAAGGGAGGAGUCAAAGUUUGAAUGUAAACCACAUAGCCAAAUUUUGAGUUGUACAUUUGCUCAUUGACUCACACACUUCUAAAACAUUGGGCCUCAUCGUACGGACAGAUUUGGAACAGACUUACUGUUAUAUAUUACCAUAUAAAAUAAGAAUUCGUUUUUUUAUUCUCAGGGACUUAGAGUUGAUUAGACUAAGCAGGAAACAAUCACGCCUGGAGCGAUGUGGGGCUAAGGGCCUUGCUCAAGGGUCCAACAGCUGUGCAGAUCUUAUCGUGGCUACAACGGGGCUUGAACCACCAACCGACUGGGUCCCAGUCAUGUACCUUAGCCACUAGGCUACAGGCUGUAAAUCAUGAAAAUCAUGUUUUCGUAUGAGGCCAAUUGUCUAUGCAAUCUAAUUUAUAGUUUUAGAAGAUGAAAGGCAUAAGUUGGCAUUUACAUUUGCCUUGGAUUAAAAAUAAUUUAUACUGUAUAUGCCAACCGGAUGCUGUAUGCACAUUUCCAAAGAAUAUAUAUUUUUGUACAAACACAAGAUUUUAGAGAAGUAUUUAUUGUCAACAUAAUUAUUUCUAAGUAUGCAUACUCUUAUCUCUGCUCUUCCUUUCUUGUAAUGUAUUUAAUUAAUUGAAUAAGCAGCACUUUAUUCCUAGCAAUGUGAAAUGUUAUAAAUUGCCUGAUGUUUGCAUAUCAUGGUGUUCUCAUACACUGAGCAUAUCUCCUGGAAGUCAUAAAAAACGAUAAACAAAUGAAAUGUUUGACUAAA